AUGACGACUCGAAUAACCCCUGGUGUAGGAGCUAAUCUUCUCGGCCAACACGCCGCUGAGAGGAACCAAGACGCCACCGUUUACGUCGGAAACCUAGAUCCUCAGCGAGUCUCUGAAGAACUGCUUUGGGAAUUGUUCGCACAAGCUGGACCAGUUGUUAAUGUCUUUAUUCCAAAAGAUAAGGUGACAAAUGUUCAAAGAGAAUUUGGUUUCGUUCAAUUCCGUAACGAGGAAGAUGCUGACUAUGCAAUUAAGGUUUUAAACAUGAUUAAGCUCUAUGGGGAACAUAUAAGUGUUAAAAAGACAUUGCAAGAUAAGGAGAGUUUGGAUGUUGGUGCUCACCUUUUCAUUGGAAACCUUGACCCUGAUGUGGAUGAAAAGCUCUUGUAUGAUACUUUCAGCGCGUUUGGUUUGGUUGUUAAUAGUCCUAAGAUAAUGCGAGAUCAGGAUACCGGAAACUCACGAGGUUUUGGUUUCAUCAGCUAUAACUCCUUUGAGGCAUCUGAUGCUGCUAUUGAGGCAAUGAAUGGACAAUAUCUGAGUAAUCGUCAAAUAACAGUCUCUUACGCAUACAAGAAAGACACCAAAGGAGAGCGCCACGGUACUCAAGCAGAGAGGCUUUUGGCUGCUACAAAUCCAAGUUCCCAAAAAAGCAGACCCCAUACGCUAUUCGCAAGUAUCCCUCCAACGCAUCUUAAUGCUCCUAAAGUUAACGGCCAGCCACGUCCGUUCGCUAAUGGAGGUAUGCAAUUGCAACCUGUCCCGAUCCCGGCCCGUGGUCCACCACCACCUCCACAAGCGUAUCAAACUCAGCCACCAUUUUGGCCUUCUCAGCAACAACAACAACACGGCUUAGUGGUUCCACCGCCCAUGCAAUUCCGUCCACCUCAAGGUAUUCCACCACCUUCUCAUUUUCAUCAUCACCAACAAGGUUUCGGUGGUACGAGGCCGCCUCCACCACCUCAAGUCAUCUUAUUUGAUACGUCAACACCAAUAACUGUAAACCACUACAUAUAUAAUCAACAAGGACCAAAUGAUACGGCACAGCAGAACGUCAUCCAUCAGGGUAAAAAACCAAAGCCAUCUUGACUUGUUCACUAAAAACGACCUUGU